GAGGCGGAGGGGGGAAGAAAAAAAGUUUCGUUUAAACCUGGCAGAGAAACUCUCAACAUGAAGCCUCACUGACGCACCGUUUCACCACCGCCACAGCAACGCCAGCGCUAGAACAAAGCUUGCUUUUCCACUGAACAUAUUUUUCACCUCCCAGCUUGUGUUUUUCUUCCCCUCUUGUGUUAUUUUCUGUGAGCGACGCUGGUCGGGGCUUGCUGUCACUGCGCGCUGAGAUGUCGGAGUGACCAUGGCUGCGCAAGUGGCAUCGGCUCCGACCAGAACUAAUAACAAAAAUAAGAAAUUAUCCAGCGGUCUGGGUCCGGAGCUCAAUUCGGGGAAAUCCGGAGGAGGUGGAGGAGGAGGGACCGUGCAGCGAAGUGGACCGAUGCUGGGAGCCGGAGAUGGGACUCUGAAUAAUGUAGACCAUCGCCGCCGUAACGAGCUCAACAUGGUCCAUUCAACUUCCACGACUCACAGCGCACCGGACGGCCACGACAAGGAUGGGAAUAACCUCACGUCCGCGUCGGCGUCGACKAAUUCAACCACUUCCUCGAUGGAAGCGGGUUUGAUCGCGAACCACAAGCUGAAAUGUGUGGGGAGCGGAGAUCCCCCUCAGUCCCAGCCGCUGCCUCAGCAGCAGCCACCGCCGCAAUUCGGCCAAUUUGCGCCACAUCAGCAGCGACAGAUCCAAAGUAACAACACCGCCAAUAACAACGGCCAGGGGCCCCGUGGAGACCGGGGUAUGGAUCACCAGCACCACGGUGGCAAGGAGAACCUGUUGGGGGGGCAGGGGGAGCCACAGCAGCAGCACAUGCCAGGUAAAGGUGAGGGGGAGCUCACCUGUAAACCCGCGGACAGGAUGACGAGUACCAGGUACGAUCAUUCUAACUUAGGGCCAACUAGUAACAACUCCGAGUUUAACAACAACUAUUACACUCCACGGCCCUGUUACGAGCAACAUGGCGGACAGCAGCAACAGAGCAGUGGGAUGGGGAUAACGCAGUCCUCGGCACAUAACAGCCUGGAGAAUUCCCACGAAGCGGGGUUCCACAACAACCAGUACAACCAGUACCCGGGGUACCGGGCGAGCUACGGCGGCGGGGCCUACGGGAUGAUGGGCCCUUCUGGGUGCCGGCAACCUGGGAACAUGAUGAUGGGCAGCAACUCCUCAACAAGCCACGGCAAGUCUCCCCUGGGAGCUGGUUCGGGCGGCUUCCAGAGGUUCCCGGGACAAACCCAGCAGCAGCAGCAGCAUCCCUCAGGGGCCACCCCGACCCUCAACCAGCUGCUUACGUCCCCCAGCCCGAUGAUGCGGGGUUAUGGCGCGGCCUAUCAAGACUACAGUGGCCCCACGGCGCAGCAGCAAGGCGGUAUGGGCCUGGGGAAAGACGUGGGGCCCCAGUACGGACCCGCUUCGGCUCACGGCUGGGGAGGACAGCAAAGGAACCACCCUCACUCUAUGAGCCCGGGCAACGGAGGGCAAGGCCUCGGCAGGACGCAGGUUUCUUCCAUGGACUUCAUGGCUAUGAAGCGUUCGCAGCUGUACGGCAUGGCCAACAAUCCUUACUCCACUCCACAGCAGCCAGGGGGCGGACCUUACCCCCCUAGCCAGCCAUACACGUCACCUCCUCCGCACCGAUAUCCAAUGGGCAUGCAGGGGAGGGGCCAGAUGAGCAUGGGUGGCAUGCAGUACCCUCAACAGCAGCAGGUGGCGCCGUAUGGCCAGCAGGUGAUGGGGGGCUAUGGCCAGCAGCAGCAGCAGCAGCAGCCGCAGCAGCAGCCGCCACAGCAGCAGCAACAGCAGCAGCCAGGGCAGCAGCAGCAGGGAACCCCUCCAUACUUCAGCCCCCCCCAGCAGACCCCCCCUGGCCCAAACCAAAGCCCCUACCUGCAGCCUCGACCACCACCACAACAGGAGGCCCAGCAGGAGAGCUACAACACCCGGGGUCCCGCUCCAGGGAAUUCUGGGAAGGCCAACAAUGAGGAUGGUGUCUCCCAGGACCGCCCCUCCAGUCUGCCGGUGAGUGACAGACAGUUCUGA